AUGGUCCAACCCUCUGAACCCGAAUUCGAGCAGGCUUACAACGAGCUCCUCUCUACCCUCAAGGACUCUACCCUCUUUGAGAAGAGACCCGACCUUGAAAAGGUCAUCCCCAUCGUCUCUAUCCCUGAGCGCAUCAUCCAAUUCAGAGUUGUCUGGGAAAAUGACGCUGGCCAAGUCCAAGUCAACCGCGGUUACCGUGUCCAGUUCAACUCCGCCCUCGGUCCUUUCAAGGGUGGUCUCCGUUUCCACCCCACUGUCAAUCUCUCCGUCCUCAAGUUCCUUGGUUACGAACAGAUUUUCAAGAAUGCCCUCACUGGCCUCAACAUGGGCGGUGGUAAGGGUGGUUCCGACUUUGACCCCAAGGGCAAGUCCGACUCUGAAAUUAGACGCUUCUGCUAUGCUUUUAUGACUGAGCUUCACAGACACAUUGGUGCCGACACUGAUGUCCCCGCUGGUGACAUUAACGUCGGUGGCCGCGAAAUUGGUUACCUCUUUGGUGCCUACAAGAAGUACUCCAACUCUUGGGAGGGUGUCCUUACUGGUAAGGGUCUCUCCUGGGGUGGUUCCCUCAUCAGACCCGAGGCCACUGGUUUCGGUGUCGUCUACUACGUCGAGAAGAUGAUUGAGUACGCUACUCAGGGUAAGGAAAACUUCAAGGGCAAGCGUGUCGCCAUCUCUGGUUCUGGUAACGUUGCCCAAUACGCUGCUCUUAAGGUCAUUGAGCUCGGUGGUAUCGUCGCUUCCCUCUCUGACUCUAAGGGUGCUUUCAUUGCCAAGGAGGGUGUUUCUUUCACUCCUGCUGAGAUUGAGGAGAUUGCUGAGCUUAAGCUUAAGCGCAAGUCUCUUUCUGAGCUUGCUGAGAAGUACGCUGCCAAGUUUGACUACAUUGAGGGUGCCAGACCUUGGGUCCACGUUGGCAAGGUUGACGUUGCUCUUCCUUCUGCUACCCAGAAUGAAGUUUCCGGCGAGGAGGCUGCUACUCUUGUUGCCAAUGGCUGCAAGUUCAUUGCCGAGGGCUCCAACAUGGGCUCCACCCAGGAGGCCAUUGAUGUCUUUGAGGCUGAGCGUCUCAAGUCCCCCAACGGUAUCUGGUACGCCCCUGGUAAGGCUGCCAAUGCUGGUGGUGUUGCUGUCUCUGGUCUUGAAAUGGCCCAGAACUCCCAGCGUUCUUCUUGGUCUACUCAAGAGGUUGACCAGAAGCUCAAGGAGAUUAUGGUUAACAUCUUCAACAACUGUGUCAACACUGCUGUUGAGUACUCUUCUGAGAAGGGCGAUGCUCUUCCUUCUCUUGUCAAGGGUGCCAACAUUGCUGGUUUCGUCAAGGUUGCUGAGGCCAUGCACAACCACGGUGACUUCUGGUAA